AAGAGAGGGAGAGAGAGAUAAAGUGUGAGAUUCUACAAACCCCAAGAAACCCCCUAAAAAAAAGAGGAAAUAAAAUGAAAGUGAAAACAACAUUAGUAGUUUUUUGUUUGCUUGCUCUCUGUUUUGCUCUGUCUAGGACAUUGGGAUUAAACUAACUUCUCAUUCUCAUAUUCCACCUUCUUCUUCUACUACUACUUCUUCUUUGUUCUUGUGUGCUAAAACUAAACAAGAAAGCACAAGGAGACAAAUAAACCUAUCCAUUUCAUUACCAAACAAGCCGUACACAUUCUUUAGUUAUGGCUUCUUCUUCUUCAUUUUCUUCCUCAACUACUUCAACCAUCACAUCAAAAUUUAUUUGGUUUCUGCUUCUUCUCUCUCUUCAACUACACUUGUUACACGGAUCGGCUAUUCAUGAUCUUAAAAACCAAACCUCAUUCAAACCCGAGAGAGAGAUUCGGAAGCUUAGAAGAGUGGAAGCUUAUCUCAACCAAAUAAACAAACCUUCCAUCAAAACAAUCCACAGUCCAGAUGGAGAUGUAAUAGAAUGUGUUUUGUCUCAUUUGCAACCAGCAUUUGAUCAUCCUCAGCUACAAGGCCAGAAACCACUAGAUUCACCAGACUUGUCAAAAAGAAGAAAUGAAACAACAGAUGAGGAAAGUUUUAAUCAGUUAUGGAGUAUGUCUGGUGAAAGCUGUCCACUUGGGUCAAUACCAAUGAGAAAAACAACGAAGAAUGAUGUUUUGAGAGCAAAUUCACUACGACGGUUUGGUCGGAAACUGAGGAGACCCAUCAGACGAGAUUCCUCCGGAGGUGGUCACGAGCAUGCGGUGGUGUUUGUAAACGGAGAACAAUACUAUGGAGCUAAAGCAAGCAUCAACGUUUGGGCGCCACGUGUCUCUGAUGCUUAUGAGUUCAGUUUAUCUCAGAUUUGGCUCAUCUCUGGAUCCUUUGGUCAUGACCUAAACACCAUUGAAGCUGGUUGGCAGGUUAGUCCUGAGCUUUAUGGAGAUAAUUAUCCAAGAUUCUUCACAUAUUGGACGACUGAUGCAUACCAAGCAACUGGGUGCUACAAUUUACUCUGCUCUGGAUUCGUACAAACCAACAAUAAAAUUGCAAUUGGUGCAGCGAUUUCCCCGAGGUCCUCUUAUAAUGGAAGACAGUUUGAUAUCGGUUUAAUGAUUUGGAAGGAUCCAAAACAUGGUCACUGGUGGCUUGAGCUAGGAAAUGGACUUCUUGUGGGAUAUUGGCCGGCCUUCUUGUUUAGCCACAUGAGGAGUCAUGCAAGUAUGGUACAAUUUGGAGGGGAAGUUGUGAACAGCCGAUCAAGCGGUGCUCACACUGGAACGCAGAUGGGAAGUGGCCAUUUUGCAAAUGAAGGAUUUGAGAAAGCUGCCUACUUUAGAAACUUACAAGUCGUUGAUUGGGACAACAAUCUCUUGCCUCUGAAGAAUCUCCAUGUCUUGGCCGAUCAUCCGGCUUGUUAUGAUAUCAGACAAGGCAAAAACAAUGUAUGGGGGACUUAUUUUUACUAUGGAGGACCUGGUCGGAACCCUAGGUGUCCUUGACUCACCCAAACCAAAAAAAAAAAAAAUUAUAUUUUGUGUGAAUUAAUGUUAUUUUUGUUACUAAGAUUUUUUAUUUCUUCUUAGAUUGUGUUUUUUUUUUUGGUUUUUGUAAGGCUAUUAUCAAACAUAGUAACAAGCCGUGUAUGGCCCCUACUGUAUUUUUAACGUGAUGAAAUAGAUAAUUUCUAUACAUAAA